UUAUUAAAUGAUGAAAGUAAAGUGGGAAAAAUAAUUUAUUGGAAAAAGAAGUUAUAAGGAGGGGGCUCCGGCGACGGUGUUGGGAGCGGAGAGGGGCGGAGACCCCAUUCUCCGGCGGUCCGGCCCCUCUCCGAACCCCCAAAUUCCGAUCAACGUUAUUAAUCCCUUUCUCGACCAUUUAAAUUUCCACCGUUGCCGCUUCUCGCCUGAGUACUUUCUUCCACGGCGGCGUUAGCUCCUGAAUCCAACGCCACCACCACCGCCGACCUAGAUCAAUACACGAAGGUAUCUUCAAGGUCACUGAAGCUCCUCUGUAUUUUCUUGAAACGUUUCUUCGCCACCAUCAUCACCUUCUUUCUUGCGUCAAAGUUUUUUGUAGCUGCUCUGACAAUGAAGUUUCUUACAUCAUCGAUCUCUUCUAGAACCUUCUUCAGCCAAGAAACGUCCAGCUGCCCAAUUGCUGCCACCUCAGCAAGAAUCAUCAUAUUGCUCAAUUCAGAAAGGACGUAGUCAAAGUUGUCUCGUAUGAGCUUUAUAACAACAUCGCAUACUAUCUCGAGCAGUUUCGCGUUGGAGUCUGGAAAUAUAUUGAGCAAGGAGUUUGCAGCAAAAUUUCCAUACUUGGCGAAAAUAAACCAAAGUAACGGUGCUAAGCUAGCCUUUACUCGGUGUCCAAACAAAUCUUCUAUUUGAUUCGAUGAACUUUAUCCUUCAGAGUAAUCUGUUGAUUUUCUAUGGGCACCCGUCUUAAAUAGUAGCUUAUCGGCGUGAAAAAGUUGGUCGGAAAAGAAGAUGUCGCAAGGAAAAUUUCAUUGAGAUAUCAAGUUACAUGCUUGGGUCCGUUUUAAGGUAAUUCAUUGUUUAUCCUAUCGAUUACAUUAUGCCGUUCAUAUCGUUGCAACUAUUGAAAGAAUAAAAGUAUAUUUCACAAUUAUACACCAUGUAAAUCCAGUCUCAACAGCAUUUUUUUUCCUUCUGCAUAUUAGCAUAAGAUGGAGCAUAUCUUCUCUCGUUCGUGAUUGCACCAUAUAAAAAAAUAGGGUAUGAUAUUUUCUAUAUAAGGAAAGAUUGGAAUCAAUCCGAAAUAUGUGAAUGAAAAGUUAAUCACGGUUGAAGCUAAUCUUCCACUAUAUUGCCUCUUUAUAGUAUUUACGCCACCAAUGCUGUACAAAACAGGGUAACAUUGAUUAUUUGAUUCUCAUCUGAAUAUAGUUACUCUAUCAUAUACUAUUGGUUCACGUACUAGGAACAUCACUCAUAAUUUAUAGAAUACAAAUCUAUUAACUAAAAUUACUAAAUCUAGCAUUUAUAUUGAGGAAUAUCCAUGUUUAUUCUUGCUGGCCUAACCUAACUGUUCAAUGAUUCUUUUUGGUUUUGUUUGCAUUCAAGGAGGUUUUUCAUGCUUAAGUCGACUGAUAAUAUGCGGCUCCUCAUCCUUCUUGAGGGUUUCCUUUGUGUUGUGCUUUUGGGAAGAAAGAGAAAUGGUUUCUUCGAGUUCGUCGAGUUUGGUUUUUUUAGAGGGAGAGGAGUUGAAGAGAAAUCUUGUUCAGGCUGCUGAAAUUCAUCCCUGCUUGAGAAAUUACGGUGAGGAGCUGAUUGGCUGCAGGGUAAAUAUUUUUACCCCACUGCUUUAUAUACACCUCGCAGGAACAAUCACUUCUUUUAACCGUUUGCUAUUGAAGCACCAGGUUGACUUUGAAGAUGGUGGCAGAGAUUUAGUAGACCUUUCAAACGAAAUCUGGGAAUUGGUUGAUUAUGAAAAUUUAUCCAUUGGAUAUAUACAGGAGCAAGGGAAUACUGUUCGGGGUUCUUAUCCUUCAGCUAAUGCGUUUCGAAAUGAUGGAGAACGUUCGUUUGAGAAGAAACACAUGAUUGCCAUUGGAAGGGUACUAACUCUAAGUGAGAAAGUAACGGAUGUGGUAUAUAAUAGAAAAUCAAGGUCGUAUCUGGUUCAUGGGCUCGCUCGGCACUUUUUUAACACUCCUUCAAUACUUCAGGCCUGGAACAAAUCACCGAACACGAUAAAACGGAGACUACUUCCAGGGCGAUCACGUAAUUACGCUAUCGAAGAAGUCUUUGGGCACCGAGUGAAGGCUAGCUUAGCGCCUAUACUUUGGUUUAUUUUCGCCAAGUAUGGAAAUUUUGCUGCAAACUCAUUACUCUGUAUAUAUCCAUCCUCCAACGCUAAUCUGGUUGAGAUAGUAUGCGAUGUUGUUAUAAAGCUCAUACGAGACGACUUUAACUACGUCCUUUCUGAAUUGAGCAAUAUGAUGGUUCUUGCUGAGGUGGCAGCGAUCGGGCAGCUGGACGUUUCUUGGCUGAAGAAGGUUCUAGAAGAGAUCGACGAUGUGAGAAAAUUCACUGUCAGAGCAGCUACGAAAGACUUUGACGCAAGAAAGAAGGUGAUGAUGUUGGCGAAGAAACGGUUCAAGAAAAUACAGAGGAGAUUCAGUGACCUUGAAGAUAUUUAUCAGCUACUGAGAAACGACCCGAGUUAUAUUUAAAAAUAAUUAUCGACAUGUGAAAUUUGCUUUGGUUAUUUAAUGUUUGUCAUCAUAUCUUAUUUACAUUUGGGACAUUGUUAAUUUGAGUUUUAAGCUUGGAUUGUGUGGGAGCAUUGUAUUAGUUUUUAGAAUGCUUUUAUCUGUUACAUUAGAGAAAUUAUAAAAUUUAUUUUCAUUAUUUAUCGAAAUUAAUGUUAAA